CUCCCUCCUCCUCCUCCUCCUCAUGUACAUUAUUACAACAAGGGAGACCCAAUCAAGCACGUAUCUCAUCGAUUCACACACACACACACACACACACACACACACACACACACACACACACACACACACACACACACACACACACACUGCGCCGUCGCACGUGCACGCGCGCUGACUGAAUGACUUGCCCUCAGCGGAUCUUUCAAAGCGCUCUUGGACAAAAUAAGGCAGCCGCGCGCCAGCAGGGGCAACGUGUGGGCGCCUCCUCCUCUUCCUCCUCUUCCUCCUACGCUCUCGCUCCAGAGGAUCAACAAACAGUCGCGUGGCUCCUUUAGAUCAUUUUCCGGAUGUUUUGUGAUGAUUUCAGAUUUUUUUUACUUGUGGAGUGUGAGGCAGCCGCCACACACCGGGAGAGUCCGCGGAUAACGGGACAGCGGAUCAGCCCGUGAACUCGCCUGUUGCAGCCUCCGACACCCAGCAGCCAGCAGGACCCCAGGAAGACCCUCAGCGCUCCCCUUUGUGUUUUUGUUUUGGUUUUCCUACCGCGGAGCUCCCGGUUCCAGCCUUUAUCGCGUCCAUCCGAACCGCAGCAGGCGGGAGAGACAGCGAUCGAGUCCCAGACUGAGCCACGCUGGGUUUCCCCGCUCCUGCCCCCAGAACCCGGCUCUGCCUCCUUCAAUUUGAUUUCUGAAGAAUCUGCUCCCAGCUCGAACAGCAGCCUGAUCUAUGCGGGAGCCCUGAGGGAGGCAGGGGGGGACACAGAGUAUCGGAGCUCCCCGGAUCCCCCACGCAGCCUCGGAUCACCGUGGCCACAGACGAACUCCCCGCCAGGCCCCUAGAGCCGACAUGCCGAGGAGGAAGCAGCAGGCGCCUCGGCGCGCCGCAGCAUACGUCCCUGAAGAUGAGAAGGAAGCAGCCCUGUUGGAUGAAGAUCUAGAUGGAGAAGACUCAGCCCAGGAAGGAGAGGAGCCUUCAGCAAAGCUCCUGUGUCAGGACAAGGACUUCUUGUUCAAGGAAAGGCCAGGAUCCACUGGCAUCCAUGACUCCCCCAAUGCUGCUGACUUUUCAGGCCAGGAGCUGGACAGUGAGUCUCACCUGAGUGAAUCCAGUGACAGAAUGUCUGAUUUUGAAAGUUCCUCACUUAAAAACGAGGAUGAUGUCCUCCUUUCUAAAGACCCUUCAAAUGUGUUGUCCCCAUCCUCUUCUGCCAUGAUUGCUGCAGCCAGCGCCUCUGUAGGUGGAGACGAGGCUAUACUAGUAGCAACAAGCUCCGUGGCUGACAGUCUUGAGAAGAUGAAAGCCAUUUACACAUCCUUCCUGAGCAAUUCUUACUGGUCUUCACUAAACCUGAACCUGAGUCAGCCACCGGCAGAAAAACCUCCUCGCAGUCACAGCAGCAGCAGCAGCAGCAGUAGCAGCAGCUGUGGAAGUGGAGGGUAUGACUGGCACCAGACCGCCAUGGCUAAAACUCUCCAGCAGGCAUCCCAGAGUCACCACAACAGACUAAACCUGGUUCAGCAUCCGGUCGUGGUGGCUCCGCCUACCACCACAGAACCCAACCUCUUUAGUACGGUCCAGCUUUACCGGCAGAGCUCCAAGCUCUAUGGCUCCAUAUUCACCGGAGCCAGCAAGUUUCGCUGUAAGGACUGUAGUGCAGCAUAUGACACUCUAGUGGAGCUAACAGUGCACAUGAAUGAGACGGGCCACUACCGCGACGAUAACCACGAGACAGAUAGUGAGGGAACCAAGCGCUGGUCCAAACCCAGGAAACGUUCCUUACUAGAGAUGGAGGGGAAGGAAGAUGCACAAAAGGUGCUAAAGUGUAUGUACUGUGGACACUCCUUUGAAUCCCUUCAGGACCUGAGCGUCCACAUGAUUAAGACAAAACACUACCAGAAAGUGCCUCUGAAAGAGCCCGUCACACCAGUGGCAGCUAAAAUUAUAUCCUCUGCCCGAAAGAGAGCCCCGAUUGAUUUAGACAUCCCCAGUUCACCGGACUCAAAUGGAGGCACCACACCCAAGCCCACCUCCCUCAGUGACACUAAUGACAUCCUGCAAAAGGUCGCUAACCCGUACAUAACACCCAACCACCGCUAUGGACAUCAAAAUGGUGCCAGCUACGCCUGGCAGUUUGAAUCCAGGAAGUCACAGAUCCUCAAAUGCAUGGAGUGUGGCAGCUCUCAUGACACGCUACAAGAGCUUACAGCUCACAUGAUGGUGACGGGACACUUUAUUAAAGUUACCAACUCUGCUAUAAAGAAAGGAAAACCAUUUAUGGAGUCCUCCAGCCAAACCCCAACAUCCGUUUCAGCAGCUGAAGAAAAGGUGCAGUCAGUUCCCCUGGCUGCCACGACGUUCUCCUCUCCAUCUGCCCCAGUCCCUCCUCCCACCAGCAUCACACCCACUGCUAUGGCUGUGGAAAUUAAAAAGGAGGAGAAGGAAGAAGAAUGUACUAAAGAACACGUCAUGAUUCCUCCAAACAACCUCAACGCAGAGAAACGAGCAGGAGGGGAGGAGGCUGUCGAAGAAAAGUUUGAUAUUUCUUCUAAAUACUCGUAUCUGACUGAAGAAGAUCUGGAUGAAAGCCCAAAGGGGGGUCUGGACAUUCUCAAGUCUUUGGAGAACACCGUGACCUCAGCCAUUAACAAAGCCCAGAAUGGAGCUCCCAGCUGGGGUGGGUACCCCAGUAUCCAUGCUGCCUACCAGCUCCCUAACAUAAUGAAGCUCUCUCUUGGUGCCUCUGGAAAAAGCUCUCCUCUUAAAUAUCUGUUCCCUGGAGGGGAGAUUUUCUCUGCUGCCAGUAAGAGUCAGCCGCUGGUCUCGUCCCCAAGCCGCCAGACCUCCCCACUGCCCAAAAACAAUUUCCAUGCAAUGGAGGAACUGGUCAAGAAAGUGACAGAGAAAGUGGCUAAAGUAGAGGAGAAAUUGAGAGAGCCCAGUGCCAUUGUGAGAGAUUCUCCUCUGAGACACGCGACACCCUCACCGUGCAACAGCGAGGCAGAAGCAGAGGCGUCGGCCCGAACAGAGUCGCAGACACCCAAGGAGCAGGGAGACUGUAAAACUCCCGAGAAUACAGAUGUAGCAGAAACAAUGCUGGCUACGGAAAAUGGAACCGAUCACAGGGAUUCAAAUGGUAACAUUUCCAAAAAGGAGAUGGUGGAGAACGGACUGGAACCCGCCGCUGUGACAUCACCCCUGUCAGCAUCCGUGUGUGGCAGCACGGCCAUCAUUACAGACCAUCCGCCUCCAGAACAACCGUUUGUCAACCCUCUCAGCGCCCUGCAGUCAGUAAUGAACGUUCACCUGGGGAAGGCUGCCAAACCUGCCAUGCCCUCCCUCGACCCCAUGAGCAUGCUGUUCAAGAUGAGCAACAGCCUGGCAGAGAAAGCAGCGGUGGCUUCCUCCACCCCGCCAGCACACACCAAAAAGACUAAUAACAACGACCACUUAGAGCGCUACUUCUACCAGCAACAUCUAAACAAUGACCAACCUAUGGACCUCACCAAAGGAAAAAGUACCGACAAAGGCAGCAAUGGUGGAACUCUCGGGUCAACAGUUCUGUCUUCCACCAUCUCCACACCAUCAAUCUCUCCAUCGUCAGCCAUUACCAUGGCAAAAGCCUCAGCUGCAGUAGCUUCUUUCAUGUCCACCUCUCCGCUGAGAGAAAAUGCCCUGUCAGAUAUCUCUGAUAUGCUGAGGAACCUCACCGAGAGUCAGGCUUUGUCCAAGUCCUCCACACCCACCAGCCAGUCUGAGCGCUCUGACGUUGAAGGCGCCACACAAGAGGAGACUGAAGAAGUUUCACCUGCUCAGAAACGAAAAGGCCGCCAGUCCAACUGGAACCCUCAACAUCUCCUCAUACUGCAAGCCCAGUUUGCUUCCAGUUUAAGACAAACAAAUGACGGCAAAUACAUUAUGUCUGAUCUGAGCCCACAGGAGAGAAUGCACAUCUCACGCUUCACUGGCCUCUCGAUGACGACAAUAUCCCACUGGCUGGCCAACGUGAAGUACCAGUUGAGACGAACCGGUGGCACAAAGUUCCUGAAGAACUUGGAUUCUGGUCACCCAGUGUUCUUCUGCAGUGACUGCGCCUCACAGAUCCGCUCACCAUCCACCUACGUCAGCCACUUGGAGUCCCAUUUAGGCUUUCGUCUGCGAGACUUGGCUAAACUUUCUGGGGAACAGUUGCUGAGUCAGUUAUCGCAGCAACACCACCACCGCCACGCAAAGGGACUUUCUGAAAAACUCUUCUCUAAUCUCCACCCUUCCAGCCACCCCUUACCCCCCUCCUUACAGGCAUCCCUACCCCCUUCACUGCCCAUUUCACUGUCCUCGUCUUUAACGUCAUUGCCCCCUACUGAGACACCGUCCCCUGAUGACGAUGACAGUGGGGCAGUCCACCAGUGCAAGCUGUGCAACCGGACUUUUGCAAGUAAGCACGCAGUUAAGCUUCACUUGAGCAAGACUCAUGGGAAAUCCCCCGAGGACCACCUCAUGUUCGUUUGUGAGCCGGACAAACAAUAGCACUGGCUGGGGAAAAGGCAGCACUUUUACGACGUGGCUCACGCUGUUUUGCUCUGUCUCUCUCUAGCCUUUCACAGACACACUAAAGAAAGGAUUACAAAAAGCGACAGAACUGCACAAAGAUGCCAUUAAACUACUGCAAUGAGUGUUGGCACAUGUUUUCCUUUUUAUGUUGUACUCGUUUUUGGUUGUUGAUUUUUGGAUUAUGUGUGACAUGGACUCACUCUGGCCCAACACACUUAGUUUUACUGAUCUUUACAAAAACAGACUUCUCUUUAGAUGGUGCAGAGAUACAAUGAAGGAGACCGGUCCAAACCCAUUCUAGGAAGAUGGGAUGAGUAUUUGUGGUGAAAAAAGAAUUUGGUUCUUUGAUAUUUUGGCAUUAUGGCGGUGUGCUCAGCUGCAUGCAUGCAUACAAUUGUUUUGUUAAACAUUUUAUAAUUAAAUGUGGUGCACUUUCAUUGAUUUUUGGUCUUUUCACCUGAUUGCUUUUUGUUUCUUUCUUAAAGUGUCUCUUGUUUUGUUUUUAAGCUAGAGGCAGCAGUUAAGAUUUAACCCUGUGAGUACAUUAAGGCACUUCUGGAACCGUUAAAUCAAAAUUAUUGUUAUUAUUAUUAUUAUUAUUAUUAUUAUUAUUAUUAUUAUUCCUGAUAUCAUUUCUCUAAUAACCUUUAGUUGAGUCAUCUUCUCGACAUAACAGAGUCCACCUGUUCAGCCACGUCUGUAACCUUCAGGCCACUCGUCACAGGUUUUGACACAUGCGCAUGUUGUAUGUGUCAAAAUGAUGUAAACAAAAAAAUAAUAAUAAUAAUCAAAAUAUUUUACUUUGGUUGAUCAGGGACCUAUAUUAAUUCAGGUCUGUGUAAAAUAUGUAAAUAAAAACAUUCAAUGAGCUCUUGUCUAAAUUAUGCAUCAUUUCUAUAUUUUUAAUUUAAAAGGAUUAUGACUAUUUGCUGGUGCACAGAACAUAAAAACAUAAACAAACUUGUUUUGCACAAUAGUUUUAUAAGUGUUACGUAAUUGAAAGUAUAAAAAGGGAGGUACAAAAAGAGAAACAAAAGGUUCGUCUUUUUUAUUCCCACCUUGUGCUCAAAGGGUUAAAGGCUCUUUUCUAGCAGAAACUGCUCUACUGGUGCCCCUGUAUGAACACUAAAAGAUCUAAAGGUUGAACAGAAAGAUGUUGCUUUAUGAAGAAAUUUUAUGUGUAAACUGUUAUUUAAAAGCCCUCUUGAUUGUAUCCUGUUGUUGAAUGCCCUUUUGAUUGGUCUUAUUGAUAUGUUUUGUUCUAAUUCCCCUCCGGAGCUUUAUCUUUUUGGGAUAUGAAAGGUACCCAUGGUUACACUAACCUCCUGAGUGACAAGUUCUGCUACAUUUUUUGGCAAUUCAUUUGCUGAAGUAACUGACAUCUGCCAGAGAAACAACAACAACAGUAAUAAAAAUCUUUAUGUGUAAAAUAUUGGCAUGUAAACAGCACAGAUACUGUUAUGCAUUCUGUGCCGUAAGUCUUAUUUUUUUUUCACUUCAUUCUUUGGAUUUCUGUUGUUGUUGUUGACAAUGAAUCCCCAUUAUAUGACUUCGUAUAACCUUGUUUUCUACUGCAGCAUUAAAAAAGGAAACUGUU